AUGUACAACUUUAGUAUACAAGAAUUCAUAUUUAUAUAUUUAAUAAUUAUAAUUAAUUAUAAUAAAAUUAUAGUACAAUCAAAUGUAGAAUUUAUCAAUGACAAUGAUACAAAUAUAUUAUUUAACUUCAACGAUGAAUUGAUAUUACAGCAAGAUUUACGAAUUGAGGGUAGCACGUCGGAUCAAUUAGCAAUUUAUUCAACAGAAGAGGUUACAAAAGUAACAUUACAAAAUACGAUGCAAUCAACAAUAAAUUCAAGUUUGCCAACAGUUUCUGACGAUUCUUCAAUGGUUACUGAUAUCACGAUUUUGACAUCAGGUGCUCCCGAUGGGCCUGCAUCUAUGUCGCAACACGAUACAUCUUCACAUAUUUUUACUUCAGGUAAACAAUAG